AUGCUUCCCAUACGUCGACCGAUAGGUGUUCAAUUAGGUCUUGGUAUAGAAGGUCCUGCCGUAUAUUCUGGUACUAAUGAGGCUGGGAAAUGGAUCACUGGUGUUAAUGAAAAGCUUUCUGAACGUUCACUUCAUAUGAAGAUGAUUUCUCUGGGUCCCCUGCUCGAUAAAAGAGGAAACUCUCCAGGGAUUAAAGAUAAUGGUAAUAACAGCCAUAAUGACGAUGAGUUUGUAAGUGAUUCUGAUGAUAGUGACAGUAGCCGAUCUGGUUUUGAAGAUGAGGAAGAAUUUGAACACUGGAAGAGUAUUCUGGUUAGUAAGAUGAAUUGGGAUAAUUUAUCUCCAGUGAUUCCUGAAAAUUUACAAAUUUUUUCAAAAGUUGAUAUGGAUCAUAAUAACUUCUACGAUAUAAAUGAAUCUGCCUCACUUGUACACAGGGAUUUUAUACCAGGCCAUGUCCUGGAGACAUCAGGGACCCAAAACGGUGAUUUGGGUUCUUUUCUGAGUAGACAUCGCAAGAAAAUUAGUACUCAUACUUUUGAUCCCACAAUUAGUGGAUUACUACACGUUAUUAAAAUUCAAACUGUAUCUGAUCUAAGAAACGGGAAAGACCCUCAUAACUUCGUUGUUUGCGUAUCAGGAAAUUCACGGUCAAGACUAGUCUUGGGGGUUAUGGACGAUGAUUAUGUACCUUUGUCUGAACCGGAUACUGCUAUGGAAACAAAAGCAAGAACUUGGUUUAUCAAGACAUCAAAAAACAUAGUUAAUAUUCCUUAUCAAACUCAGAUCAAGAAAAUAGUAUUCCCAAAGUUAUCAGAUAUGUUUGAUAGGACACCAGAUAUGUUUGCUGUCAUCACUGACACUUUCAUUCAAAUAAUUAAAAUAACAAAUAUAAAUUCGACUUCAGGAAAUAUCACAUAUUCUUUAUCUGAAAAAUUGAAAUUCAAUGAAUUUAGUGAUUUCCCAUUCUCUGAUAUGGCAUUUAACCCAUGGGAUAUGAAUGAAAUUGCAGUUGUUGAUAUUAUGGGAAAUUGGUCGAUAGGAAAAAUUAAGAAGAGUUUAAAUAAUUCAUGGAAAAUUUCCUUAGUUAACGAUAUGUCUGGUUCAAUAUUUGAUGAGGAAGAGUUAUCAAAUUGGAAAAAAAUAUCAUGGUCAUCAAGUUAUACAAGACUUGUAAUCAUGAGUAGAUCACAAAUGAUAGAACUGGAUUUUAUGCAAAACUGGCAAAUUACAAUUGUAGAGGCCAAGAGUUGGUCGACAUUAAGAGACUAUAAAAGGGUAGACGACAAGAUGAGUGUACUCCUAACUUCUAAAGAGAUAAUCUUCCUUGAUACAAAUAGUAAAAAUGAUCAGAUUACAAGAAAAUUAUCCUGGAAGCAUGAUAUAUCCCUAGACAAUACUAUUAAAUUUUCAUUUCAUUUAAUAAAAGGUGAAGAAGAAACUGAGAUUAUAAUUUUUAUUUAUUCCAAAAAGCAUCCUCUAUUAUACGUUCACGUAUUUUCGAUCAAUGUAGAGGGACUACUACAAGCUAGCAAAAAUUCAAGAGUUAUUACACUUCCUGGUGUGUCAAAUGGUAUUGGAGACGUUACAUUCAUAGAUUCACCAAACUUAGAAUCAGAUCAGAUUUAUAGUACCGAUACUGAGAAUAGUUCAUGGAACACUUCUUGGAUCAAUGUUUAUGUAAAAGAGAAUAAGACUUCAGUGGUUCACAGAUUUAUACUGUCCAGAAGUAGAUCCCAUGAACUGAAUGGGAAUAAUAAUCAAUCAGAGACGACAAAGAUUCUAAACGAUGAGAUAGAAGGCGAAAUAAAUCAGCAUACUAUUCCUGUUUCAGUUGAAGUAUAUUUACACAAAAUAUUUGAAAACUUAUUUGAUUUUGAUUCAAAGAUCGAUGAUUCACAAAAUAUUUAUGAUCUAUUCCAAUCGUUUGGUUAUAAAAUCUCGAAUGAACUAAAUGGAUUUAUUGACAAAUUAGAUGAUAGAACUGACCAUCGUAUGGUAAGGAAAUUUUUAAAAGAGUUUGGUGAAUUCCCAAACUUUCGUGAAAAUAUUGCUGAAUUUGAGUCCUUCAUCAAACAACUUAUGGAACAUUAUGAAGGAGAAGAUAUUAUAUUCACAGAUUUGAAGCAUAUGUAUAAAUCAUUACUACAUGAAGAUAUUGAUGGAUUAGAGUUACUAUUCAACAAAUUGUUACAAUGUUGGGAAAUGAUCACAGAUCAUUCUGAGGUCUUGACAACAAAAGUUAUUAUGAGCAUAAUUUGGACCAUUAUAUCAUUUUGCAAACGUUCGCAUUUUACUGAAUUAGAUGAAGAACUAACAAACAGGCUGAAAGAACCUUACAAAGAAAUCAUCGAUACUUGGGACAUGGAUGAAUCUGAACUAGAUGAAGAAUUGGAAAAAGCAGACUUAGUUAAUAAUCAAUUUUUCAGUCAACCACAAUUUAGCUUAAAUACAGAAACCCAAAUUCCUACAAUUAGGUCAUCUCAAGUUUCAAGAAAUGUUAAUAGAGGAACAUCCGCAACUACAAAUAGAGUCUCAAAGAUAUCAAGAUCAAGAAUUGGAACCCAGAAUAGAUUGGAAAGGCCAGUAUCUUCGUUUUUAUCAUCUCAACCUUCUACUUUACCUGACACUAUGACCCCAGCAUUUACGUUGAUGCAAUCAAACGUACCUACAUUAUCUCAAUCACAAGGCACCCAACUCUCUCAACGUUCCAAGAAGAAGAAGAAGAGGGUUGGAGGGUUUGGUUGA